AUGGUUUUUGCCUCAUUGGUCGAAUACGCGGUCGUGUCGUACAUGAACAAGCGAAUCGUGCUUCGUAGAGAAAAGCGGCGACGUCAAGCCGAACAGCAGCAGCGGAACGAAGUGCCGAUGUUCAGCAAUCCUGUACUCCUAAACAACCCAACAACAAUUUCACCGGAGAGCUUUGGUGACGGCGAAAGCUACGAGAUGGCAGUGAUCUCGCAGAAUUCGACUCCAGCAAAGAGUUACGCGCCG